GCCCUGUAAUGCAGUGGGGGCUCGCAUAGUAACACAGUCAGCCAGGCGGCUACACUGGGCCGGCAGCCCCUCAACUCUGCAUCUCAGCCCCGCGCACACUUGACAUAUCGCCCACAACGCAGACGGCGCUUUCUGUCAUGGCAGGUAAAGACCGACUCAUGGACUACAGCCUUUCUCGCAAGGUGGAUGAGAAGGAGUAUAUCACCACCAUCGACCUGACUGACACCACGUUGGAGCAGAGAAGGCUGGCAGCAAACCGAACAACUACAUUUGGUCUUAAGACUUUUGGCGAACCGCAGAGUGGAGAGUUUGUCAUCGCCGCCGCUGACUUGCAUAGAUCCGGCUUCAAAGAUGAGCAUCUUCGGAUCAUCACUAUCAAAUGGCCCUGCAAUGAAUCAUGGCCCCGAGCAUCUCAUUCCUGGGUCCGGCCGCACUUCACUUAAAUCGAACGACCACGACGACGGAAAUCUACAUCAAGACUUGCCGCGGCGACUGGAAGAAUGCACAUUGUCACCCACUAGGGUAGCGAAAGAAGAUCUUGAAAUCGAAACAUUACUGGAAUUUGAAAUCCCUUACGAAUACGAUCAGAGCGAUCCCAGUCAUCUCAUUCUUCCGUCAACGGACUCUGAAGUCUUACAAGCCUUACUUUUUUACACAGCUCAAUUACGAUCAGCUCGGAAGGAGGAAGAAAUGGAGAGUUCUCAAUUCAACGUCCCACCUUUUUUAGUUUGGCCGACAAGUAUCGUGGACAAAUCAUCGGACUCGAUUGAAGAUCCAGAUCAUCAAUCGCCUCGAAAUCAAUCCAGUUCAGGCUACCUCCUUGAACACUCGCUUUAUGCCAUAGAAGAGCACAUGACUAGAGCGAGAUCAAAACUAGCGACGUCGCCGAUCGAUUCAGAACACCCGUAUAUGUUCUUUUACAGGAAAGGGGUUGCUUUUAUCGAGGUGCGGGAAGUUGAUACUCACGAUCUCGUACUGAACUUAAUGAACUCCAAUCGAGCGGUCAUCUGCGAUAUCGCGCAUUCAUCAGACAUAAUUGAAUUCGAGAUCUUGACUUGGCUGAUGGAUAGCACGCAUGUUCUAUCCAAGGAAGCUACAGAAGAGCUGAAGCUAGAUGGAUUGGAUAUCCAGAGGCUUCUGGAGUCUACGUGCUGCACUGCUAGGCGCUCGACGCAAUGGCAAAUGACGUUGAUGCUCGAGUAUUUGAGGCUCAUUGUGCUUUCAGCCAUAGCUGUGGUAGAUCAGUCUGUACCGAAGGAUUAUCCGCAUACCUUGCUACCUAGAUGCCGGGGUUCUCUCGAAGCAAUAGUCAAGGCUAUUACUCUGAUAUGUAGGAUGAACCAUGCGCACCAACAGAAGGACUACGGCCCGGAAUGUUUGAGUGUAUUUGUGAUACAAGAUGUGCCCAACAAAGAGUAUGCGGGGCUCUAUAGACUGGAAAACCUGGUCGAUUCACUCGAUCGUUGCAGUAUGUGCAAGCAGAAAACUCACUACACCAGUGUCGACGAAGCUGUGCAGCAUCUCAUACAGUUUCACGUGUCGAAAAGUGAUCAGAAACUGGAACUCAUUCGCGAGAAGUUGACCCAUUGA